CACAAUUUGAAACAAAACUCAAAACAAAUAAACAAAGGUCAACACUCAACGUAAGAAAGAAAAAAUAACUGUUUUCUAGCUUAAAUGUUUAUAAUUUUAAUUAAAAUAUUAGUAAGUGAAAAUUAGUGGUAAAAUAAAGGCUGAGCUUAUAAUGAAUGUGGAUACAGUUGAUUUAUCUUGUGAGGACAGUAAUGAGAAUGAUCAAGUAUAUUGGUUGCCGACAGUACCUUCAUCGAUAAUAGAUUUAGAAGAGGAGGUAGAACCUUAUUUCUCCACAAGCGGCAUUAGCAACGACUCCGAUAAAAUUACUCAAAUACCAGUGAUAGAAGUUGAACAAACUGUAUCUUCAAGUGGUGUUAGUAGUGCUUCGAAAAGAAAGAGAGGAAGAAAAAAUGAUCUUGCUGAAUGUGAAGGAAAGAAAACAACAGCUAAAGAAAGACAAACUUUAAAAAAAAAAUUGGCAGAAGAAAGAAAAGCAGCUAAAAAUGCAAAUAAAAUAUUUAAGCCUGGAGAGUGUAUUAAGUACAUGACUGUCGAAAUUCAUCCAGUAUUGCUCGAGUCAUGGUUCUGUGCAGACAUACAGAGAGAGGUCAGUGCAUGCGGAGCACGUCUGAAGACUUCAUCAACUCUCUGUGAUACUGCACUUGUGCUGUGGACUAGAACAAUACCACCUACUUUGACGAGCAAUGAUGGAGUGGUACAACUGACCCCCUCCAAGCAGAGAUGUGCUCAUGGUCUGUACAUACAAACGGCAGUGGAUAUAGAGAGCCUGGUCAUCUCUCACACUCUCGCAGAUAAUGUGCGUAGAGUUAAGGAGUUGGCGGGUUGCGAACUCACCCUAGUACUGUUCGGUGUUAAGGAAUAUUUCAAAAUGUCUGGUCGUAAGACAGCUAACAGCAGGCAGAAACUUAUAACUGAAAUUGAUCUGGAAAAAGCUAUCACAGAUCUGUUAGUGAGUGCGAAUUGCGACACAAUAAUUGUGAACACUCCAAACGAAGUAGCUCUUACCAUCGUUCAGUUCACAAAAGCGAUUGCCGAGGAACCUUAUAAAAAAUCGAAACGAGCAUUAGACGAACAGGCCGAUUUUUACAUGAGAGGCGAUAAUAAGAAAUGUGUGGCGGUAGAUAAAGACGGUAAUGGUCUCAGCAGAUUAUGGCAACAAAUGAUCGCUAUUUUACCACUGUCCAGCUUGGAAACAUCUAGAGCAUUAUGUGCACAUUAUAAGACACCAUUAGCUUUAUAUGAGAGUCUUCAUACAUCAGCUGGUGUAACAGAUUUAGCUAACGUUGGAGUUUCAAGAGCAGCCGUCCCUGGUUCUAAAGCACGUCGCAUCGGGCCUGAGUUCGCCAGAAAGUUGCAUACAUUGUUUACUGCUGAAGAUGGCAACAUUUUGUUAGAGUGACUUGUAAAAUAAAUACAAUAAUUUAAAAAAUAUAUAUAAUAAAAAUU